AAUAUUCAUAUUUCAGACCCCUCUCUCUCUCUAAAAUAAAACUUCUCCACUCUACAAGAACUAGUCUUUCUCUCUCUAUAAAGCUCUAAAGAAAAGAAUCAAAGAAGGGAUAGAUCUUUCAGUUACUUACUCAAAGAGAUCGAUUUCAAGAAAGUAGUUCUACUGUAAAAGGUAAUAAAUGUCACACAAGCAGUGUACAUCUUGAUGAAGCAAAAUGGAGGACGUAAUAAACAGAGGAGAUUUGCAUGUAAAUGUUGUUAGGCAAUCACCAUUAAGGUCAGGUGGUAGCUUUAGAUCGACGUUGUCUGGGAGAUCCACAGCUAAAAACUCUCCCACAUUUCGGAGGUUGCAUUCCAGCCGAACUCCUCGGGGAGAGGCUAGAAGUAUUGGAGGAGGAGUACAGUGGUUUCGAAGCACUCGAUUAGUGUAUUGGUUACUUCUUAUUACUCUAUGGGCUUACCUUGGAUUCUAUGUUCAGUCUAGGUGGGCUCAUGGUGAUAACAAGGAAGAUUUUCUGGGGUUUGGAGGUCAAAACAGAAAUGAGAUUUCGGUCCCUGAACAAAAUACACGACGGGAUUUACUUGCCAAUGAUAGUUCUGUGGCUGUAAAUGAUGGAACCGAUAAUGUUCAGGUAGAAGAUGAUAGAAGGAUAGGUGUGGUUUUGGCCAAAAAAGGGAACACAGUUUCUUCUAACCAGAAAAAAAAUUCUUUUUCAAAAAAGCGGAGUAAGAGAGCAGGGCGCAGGUUGCGGAGUAAAACAAGGGAUAAACAGAAGGCAACAGUAGAGGUUGAAAGUGAGGAUGUUGAGGUACAGGAACCAGACAUUCCUCAGAAGAACACUACUUAUGGUUUCCUUGUUGGUCCAUUUGGGUCAACAGAGGAUAGAAUUUUGGAAUGGAGUCCUGAGAAGCGAACAGGAACUUGUGAUAGGAAGGGUGACUUUGCACGGCUUGUAUGGUCUAGAAAAUUUGUUUUGAUAUUCCAUGAGCUCUCAAUGACUGGGGCUCCACUUUCAAUGAUGGAGUUGGCAACAGAGUUUUUGAGCUGUGGAGCCACAGUUUCUGCUGUAGUUCUUAGCAAAAAGGGUGGUUUAAUGUCAGAGCUUAACAGGAGAAGGAUCAAAGUGCUCGAAGACAAAGCUGACCUGAGCUUCAAAACUGCAAUGAAGGCAGAUCUUGUGAUUGCAGGAUCUGCAGUCUGUGCAUCAUGGAUAGAUCAAUAUAUGACUCGAUUCCCAGCUGGUGGAAGUCAAAUUGUUUGGUGGAUUAUGGAAAAUCGAAGAGAAUACUUUGAUCGCUCAAAAAUUGUCCUUAAUCGAGUGAAGAUGCUUGUCUUUCUUUCUGAAUCCCAGACCGAACAAUGGCUAUCUUGGUGUGAUGAAGAAAAAAUUAAGUUGAGAGCUCCACCUGCAAUAGUUCCACUUUCUAUUAAUGAUGAACUAGCUUUUGUAGCUGGAAUUGCUUGUUCACUAAAUACUCCAUCUUCCAGCCCAGAGAAGAUGUUGGAGAAGAGGCGUUUGCUGGCAGAUUCUGUUAGAAAAGAAAUGGGAUUGACAGAUGAUGAUGUGCUUCUGGUGUCUCUCAGCAGUAUAAACCCUGGAAAGGGUCAACUGCUAAUUCUCGAAUCAGCAAAGCUGUUAAUUGAACCAGAACCUUUGCAGAAGUUAAGAAGUUCAGUGGGUAUAGGUGAAGAACAAUCUAGAAUUGCUGUAAAACAUCACUUAAGAGCCUUAUUACAGGAGUCAAGAGAUAUGGAUAAGUUUUCAAAUAGUUUAGAUCAAUCCAAUAAGUCCUCUAUUAAGGUGAAUGAACCGAAGAAGAAAGGCUCGCGGCUAACUCGCCUUUUUAAGAGACGGCGCAGAAAAAGUAAAGCGGUGUCUGAUCUCAAAGAAGGACAAGAGAAGUAUCUUAAAGCUCUUAAAGUUCUUAUCGGUUCUGUUGGAUCUAAGAGUAAUAAGGUUCCGUACGUCAAAGAAAUGCUGAGCUACUUGACCCAGCAUUCAAACUUGUCAAAGUCUGUGUUGUGGACUCCAGCAACUACCCGUGUUGCUUCACUCUAUUCUGCAGCAGAUGCUUAUGUCAUAAAUUCCCAGGGGCUUGGAGAAACCUUUGGGAGAGUGACCAUCGAAGCAAUGGCAUUUGGUCUGCCGGUACUCGGAACAGAUGCUGGAGGCACAAAAGAAAUUGUUGAACACAAUGUAACAGGACUUCUGCACCCGGUGGGGCGUCCAGGAACUCAUGUUCUUGCCCAAAAUCUCCGAUUUUUACUCAGAAAUCCAUCUGUAAGGGAACAAAUGGGGAUGGCUGGAAGGAAAAAGGUAGAAAGAAUGUAUUUGAAACGGCACAUGUACAAGAAGUUCUCGGAGGUUCUCUACAAAUGCAUGAGAGUCAAAUAACAUUUUGCAGCAAUAUGGACUCAAUUCUUUAAUUGGUUUCAGUUUGAAGCAAGCUGCUGAGUGCCAAUACAACAUUUGUAUUACUUUGUACAAUUGACUUGAAGCGGCAACGAUUUAUCAGAUCUCAGGAAAUGAAAUGUUUUUACACGAGUAGAAGAAGCUAUAUAUCGCAAUCAUUUUGUUUCUUUUUUCUUGAAUUUGAAGCUAUGAAGUUGAUUUCCUUGGCCCUGAUCUCUUUUCAUGUACAUACAAAUCUUUCUUGCAUUCCAUUGAAUAAUAAGCAUUAAAUGGAUGUCUAGUUUUUUCACUUC